AUGAAUAAAAAGUUGUUGCAAGUAUCGGUGGAUACUUUAUCCGGGAUUAAUUGGAUGGGAGCGUCUAGACUAGUGUCUGUAAUGGAACAAACUGCGAACAGAGGUCCUUUCGACAAGUUCACAUGGAAGAAAUUCAUUGCUAGAGCUGAGCUUAUUGCUAGUACAAAUGGAUUUCGUCCCAUACAAGUAUCUAGGAUUCUUCGAUAUAUGUAUAUGGCAAAUUAUCGCGAUGAACGCUUUUUAUGUAAACUACACUCAUUGAUUGAUGACAAAUUUGUAUCUAAUAGUGACAUUGGCACAUUUUGUGGUAUCGUUCAAGGAUUUAAACGAUUAAGCUAUCCGGAAAAUUGGUACAAACAGAUUCUUGAUUCUUACAAGAAUUUUUUACUGACACUUGACAUUGAUGAUUACUUUCAAUAUUCAUUAUUACUAAAUGCAUAUACAUAUCCAGAAUAUAGUGAUGUAAUUUGUCAAUUGAUGAAAAAGCACUUUAAAAAUAAUGCUGAAUUAUCUGCAAAAGAAUUAUCAAUGAUCACCAAUUGUAUAACUAAAAUAUCACGCAAUAAUACUGAUUUGGAACGCUUUAUACCGAUUUUAUUUGAAUAUAUUUUGAAUAAAUUGGAUAAUAUUGACUUGCAAUCAGCGACAAUUUUACUUAAUUCCUUAUCCAGAUUUCCUAAGUUCUCAAAGACCCAUUACAUUGAUGUACUUACAAAUAACAUCAUUGCAAGUAAUGAUCGGAUCAAUUUGCAGCAAAUUAUUAUGGCAUUACGUUCAUUACGUCGUCUAAAAUAUAUGCCUUUAGGACUGAUUGAUGCUAUAAUGCCAAGGUUGGAAUUGAUGAUUUCACAAGCUGAACCUCUACAACUUAGUUCUAUAAUUGGCAGUGUCAAAUCAUUAAACAUUAAUAAUCAAAAACUUAUGGACUUGAUCACUAGUACAAUAUUGAACAAUAUUGAUAAUUACAACCUAUCACAUUCAUCCCAUAUAGCAUAUAGGAUGUUUAAUGACAUUGAUCAGACAAAAAUCAAUGAUUAUGGAGUCUUGGCUAAGUUAAUCUCUAAACGAGUUGAACAAAAUAUUACAAAGUUAAGUGUCCAUGAUAUUGUACUUUUUUGUCUGUCACUAGUUAAAUAUUGGGUUUUAACCCCCGAAUUUAACGAUUUGGAAUUAAAAUUGCUUAAUCAGGCAAAUAAAUUGAUUAAAAAUGACCAAAAUGUUUUGGAUUCCGAUAAGGAAGUUAUUUAUAAACUGUAUAGUAAAUAUAUAAAUUGA